AUGGUCCUCCUCAUGAUCAAAGAUGAUGUCCAAGCUUCGCGUCAGGAAAGAUCUCGUACCCUCAAUCAAGAUGAGCUUGAUACCCUUGUCAGAGCAUUUCAACACAUCAUCAGCCUGAAGCCAGACGAGAAGAACUCCUAUUUCACCAUCGCCGGCUAUCAUGGCCUUCCCGCACCAAUGUACUGCCAGCAUUUCACUGUGUUAUUCCCCACGUGGCACCGUGCCUACCUCCUGCGACUCGAGAACGCUUUGCGGAGUGCUCCAGGAUGUAGCGAUCUCGCUCUGCCUUACUGGAACGAAACGUCGAGUUCAUCAGUAAAAGAAGGUUUGCCAGAUAUAUUCACUCGGAAGGAUUACAUCUUCAAAGACGGAACAAAAGUCUCGAAUCCUUUGUUCUCCUAUAAGUUACAGGAAGAUGUACAUGAUCUGGACAACAAAGGAAAAGACUUGUCCAAUGGCUACACAAAGCCUAAGGGGUACAACACUGUGCGAUAUCCCUACUCCGGACUCGUCAGCUCCGACUUCAGUGCUAAAACGUCAGACCAUAAUGCUGAGGUGAACAAGCUGCCGCCCGGGCAACCGACUGAGCUCUUGAACGGUAACAUCAAGCGUUGGCUCAAUCUGAAAGCAUUUGAGAACCACGAGGGUCAGACGGUUCCAGCAGGAAUAGCAGACAAUUUCAAGGAAUGUCUCAAGGCGCCCAACUACACUGUCUUCUCGAAUGCGAACUCGGCUCAGGACUGGAACACGAAGAAGGUCGAGGGUGGUUUCGGGUCUGUCGUGGUCUCCCUCGAGGAGCCUCACAACUCCAUGCAUUUAGCAGUUGGUGGUUUCGACGUUCCCGGCCCCGACAAUGACAAUUCCGAUGUCUAUCCAUUCGCCAACGGUGAUAUGGGUGAGAAUGAUACUGCGGCAUUCGACCCCGUCUUCUUCUUCCAUCAUUGUUUCAUAGAUUACAUGUUCUGGAAGUGGCAAGACACUCACAACAAGUCUAAAAAACUGGACAUCAUAUCUGGCUUCAAGGGUACAGAGGGACUGAGUCUCGACACUCCCCUGGAUCCAUUCACCCGAGAGGAUAUCACACCCGGGGAUACGCGGCCGAUGACUUCUAAUGACGUCACCGACACGGCCAAUCUUGGUUACGACUAUCCCAGACCGGAUUUCCAGGCCAUUCUACCCGGUCCAGACCUGCGAGAAGGGCCCAAGAUCACGGCGACUGGCAUAAAUCGUGCUCGAAUCCGGGGUUCGUUUGUGAUUUCCACCUGGACCAAGGGCAAGAACGGUCAGCCAGACAAGCUUGUGGACACGAAAUCGGUCUUAAGCCGAUGGAAUGUCGAGAGCUGCGAGAAUUGCCAGAACUACCUAGAAAUCAAAUCGCACCGGAAGCUGUAUGGCUUUUCAGACGAUGAAGCGCUGAAUUCGGAGUUCUAUGCGCUGAUUCAUACGAGAGACAACCCCGAAGGUAUCGACACUAUCGAAGGCAACAAGAUACAGACCGAGAUUGGAACGGCACAGUAA